ACUUGAGAGCUGCGGAGUGGGUUGUUCGUGGCUUGGCUGCAGGGUUAGUGUUGUUCCGGCGCGUGGUUUGCUCGAGUGAGAAAAUGCAAGCUCUAAUGAGGCAGAAGCUGCGGCUCUGCAAUUCCAACUUCAAAUCUCUCUUUAGACUUUCAUCAUCCUAUUUACAUUCUUCUUCUUCUUCUCCUUCUCCGCUAAACUCACAACCUUUUCUUCCUUCUGCUUCCGCUCAUUCAACCGCUACCAAUUCCUUCACCGCUCCAUGGCUCACCAUUCAACGACGGGGAAUCAAAGUCGCUGCGUCUGACAUCAGAGUCGGAAAUAUCAUUGGAAAACAAGAUCGCAUAUUUGAGGUUCUUAAAGUAGAUCACUCUCAUGAAGGAAGAGGAAAAGCCACUAUCAAGGUGGAACUUCGUGAUAUUGGCCAGGGAAACAAGGUAACACAGAGACUGGGGACUGAUGAGGAUAUUGAAAGGAUCUAUGUUCAUGAGAAGACUUUCAUGUAUAUGUGCACAGAUCAAGAUGGAACUGUAGUAUUAAUGGACCCUGAUACGUUCGAUCAAAUUGAAGUUUCCAAAGACUUGUUUGGCAAGAAUUGUUUAUAUAUACAAGGACAAGAUUGCAUUAGUAACUUCUCUCUGUCAUUCUGCUUUUGUGGGAUAAGUUUGUUUCCUGCCUUUUUGUGUCUUCAAGAUGAAAUGAAAGUCAAGGUACAAUUUUAUGACGACAAACCUUUAUCUGCAUCAGUUCCAAAACGUGUAAUAUGUACUGUCAAGGAAGUGAUUGCAGCGACUCCGAGGAAUAAAAAGGUAGUACUGGACAAUGGCCCUACAAUUGAAGUUCCGCCUCACAUUGUAGCCGGUGAUGCCAUUCUUGUUAAUACAGAGGACGACUGUUACAUUGAAAGGGCUAAGGCGUAGGGUGUGUUCAGCCAGAAUUUUAAGCAGACUGUGGCACAGAAAUUUAUUUUAUAAUUUUCAUGAAUUUUGAAUCAGAUAUGACCUAUGUUAUCCUUUCUCCCUCCCCUAUUUCUGUUGGUAAUAAGCCCCUUUUUUUUAUGUUUAAUUGACAGUUUUAAUGUAUCCGUGGGCAAUGAAUUUAGAAGUUUUUUUUUACACCGGAAUGUUGGUGUGUAUCUCGGUUGUUAUUUCAGUUUAUGUACAAUGUAGAGAAGAGUUGAAAAAUCAUUUCAAUUCUUGAAGUUUCAGAUAAAAAGUCAUUAGUUCCAUUGAGUUUAUUCACGGGUGGGAUCAGGGGCAAGAUACUUUGUUUCUUUUUGACUGAAGAUACUUUGAUUUUUAACUGCAAGAGAUGUUCUCAAGCCAUCUCUUGAAUCC